AUGGGUAAUUCAAGCACAAAAGAGUCCCGUCCGGAAGGCGAUGCCUCACGUCGCUAUUCAACACCGGGCGAUCCGUCAGUUCGCGAACAUCUGCGAGAUGGCAACUCGAGACAGAACCGACGCAUGAGCAGAGCCGAGAUCAACAUCUUCGGCAUGGGCCCGAGUUCUUCCCGCAACCGCGAACAACCAGAUGCUCCAUUUGAGCGUCGCGAAACUAAACAGGAGCGCGAGGCGAGGAGACUGGAGAGAGAACGCGUGGCACGAGAGAAGGAACGUGAGAGGAGUAUGCGCGAGGAGCAUGUCGAUGGAGGUUAUCUGGUAACAUUGGGCACCUAUACGGGCACUGAGGACUUUAGCAAACCUGUCGUGAGACAGCUUCAGAUCGAAAGGAAACUUGCGCCUUUUUGGCGAGGUCUUAAUGACUGGUCUGGCAGCUGGGCUGAGCAUCAACUUAUUGCUGCAGCCCGUGGUCUUCCUAUCCCCCCCGCCGAUGCGCCGCCCGAUCCAGAGCUAAUUCCUCGACCUCCUCCCUCAGACCACCCUUCCUCUUCGAGCCAGAACCUUCACAACCUGACAGUUCCUAUGGGACCCCGGACUCUUUCUGCCGCAUCAGACCGUAGCGGCUCGAACACAGGAUCUGCCCUUCCUUCCCCGUCGACUACUGGACAAAGCAAAUCGCCCUUCAAGCCUCGAGCCAAAGCUCUGGCAGCUGCUCUCACUGGAGGCUCUCGAAAUGCAUCUUCGACAGAUCUGACACCCAAGGAAAUCUCUCUACCUAACGAUCCCUUCGUCAAUGGCCAGCCUCUUGAGGUUUUCCUGUACAAGGAUGCUGAUGAGUGUCCUAUUUGCUUCCUAACAUACCCACCUUACUUGAACCAUACUCGAUGUUGCGACCAGCCCAUUUGCAGCGAAUGCUUUGUUCAGAUCAAGCGUACCGAUCCUCAUCUCCCCGAGCAUCACCCCAAUGGUGAAACUCGCAACCCCAACGAAGGUCUCAACGCUGAUGAUCCACCGGAAAUGCUCAUAUCAGAGCCUUCAGCUUGUCCAUACUGCCAACAACCCGAAUUUGGCGUGACUUAUGAGCCUCCUCCCUUCCGACGAGGCCUCGCAUACUCGGGCAACCCACCGCACAGCACGGCCAUGUCCUCACAAACUUCACUAAACAGCACGCUGCAGACCCCGCCAGUACCAAACCGCCGACGCGCACAUAGUUUGUCCGCGAACGCGCCGAAUGUGAUUACUACGGAUCGCGUGCGCCCCGAUUGGGCUUCGAAACUUGCCUCGGCGAGAAAUCACCAAGCACGCAGGGCAGCUGCUGCGACGGCCCUUCACACAGCUGCGUUUCUUAUGGGAGGAAACGAACAAAGGUCUAUCCUUCGACCUGGCCGCUUUGGCCGAAGAAAUACUGGGAACAACGAUUCAAACGCCAGUCCCAGUGGUGGCGUACAGACUCCAGCUCAGGAUGGCGCACAAGACGAUGCAUCCGAGGGGCCGGAGCCUGGAGCCAGAGGAUCUUCACGAAACGGAACAGGACGCAGAAGUCGUAUGGAUGAACUCGAAGAGAUGAUGUUUAUGGAAGCUGUCCGUCUCUCCCUAGCAUCAGAAGAGGAGCGCAAACGAAAAGAGGACAAGGCUAUACGCAAGGAGACCAAGAGACGAGAGAAGGAGGAGAAGAAAGCAGCCAAGAAGGGCGGUACUCCUUAUAGCGGAAGUGCAAGUGGCGCGAGCGCUAGCAGUCUGUCUCUAGGGGGGCUGGGCCGUCGACGUGGCAAUAGUACUGCCAGCAACCUGCGCGUAGAAGCGACGGUAUCGAGAGCUUCACAAGCACCAAGCACUCCUGAUUCACCAGCAGAGCCGAAAGCGAAGGACGACAGCACUGGAAAAGGCAAGGGUGUUGAUCGAGGCUCGCCAGACACACAAACCGGACCAACCUCAUCAUCAAGUUCUCUGCCACUACCGGCUGGCCCUUCACGCGGAGGAUCGCAUUUGAGGCAGAUGAGCAAUGCUUCUUCAGUGGGGUCCUCUCUUAACGACAGCCCUGGUGAUACAUACACUGGACCCGACUAUCUGGGCGCCGAUGAUGGCCCUCGGUCUAGUGGACUGAGCCUUGGCGCGUACAGCGACGAUGGAGAACGUGAUGCUGGAAGCGCUGGUUCUGAGCCAAUGUUCAAUUUUAGUAGUUUGGCUCAGAUGGUAGGUGCCGAUCUGGAGAACGGCUCAAUGCGCCGCGAUGACGAUGGAGAGUCUCCUGAUGGUACUGGCUAUGCUCGACCGCUCUCACAAGUCAAGGAGGAUGAUAAGGAAGAUGCAGAGGCAGAGCAUAUCGAGGGUGUCACUGCCGCUAAGACGGAAAUUGUGCCUCGUACUCUAGGUGCGCCUGCUGUUAUGAUUACACCAGAAACUCCGGCCCCGGUAGACGAUGCGGAACACGAGGAUAAGCAACUCGGGUUCCCCCAGAUGACGACAACAACGCAUCGUCCUGCAUCAGAGCAGAGAGAGUUUUAA